UAGAUUGUAGUCAAGAGCUGUAAAUAGUAGCAGACAGGAAAGUAAAGCCACAUGAUUGUGACGUCAGGACGCGCCAGCUUAUCUGACAUUUAGUGACACUGCAUAAUAGCAGAGGAAGGGCUACUUACGCUGUACAAAAGAUGGUAUCCGAGCAGUCAUUUUAUACGGUACCGCCGAUAUUUCUAAAUUUUACACUGACUGCACUUCAGUUGGAGUACCAGAAGCAUCAGCAGCUUGUACUGCUUCGUUUUUAAUCUGCUCAAUUCAUCGUGUUGAUUUUUAUCAACACCUACAUAUUUUACUGUGAAACAUAAAUAGCGACCGUCUUUCGUUACUUACAGGUUUAUUUAGUAUUGAAAGAAACAACAAAGAAAAUGCCUGAAAACAAGAAUACCAGCAGUUCAUACCAAAGUCUCUUCAGUAACAACACAAGUUGUACAACCAAUUCCAGUCCUAUAAUAACCAGCAACAGCUCUGCCUCGGCUACUACAAGUAAUCAUAGUUCUACUUCGCGUAGCAGCAGUAGCAACAACAGCAAAGACUCUGAUAAUGUGCGAGUGGCCGUCCGUUGUCGUCCGCUCAAUGAAAAAGAACUGUCGAUUUCAUGUCGUAAUCUAGUGACUGUCGAUGUCCUGCGGGGUACAGUGUCAGUGGAAAACCCCUCGGCAAGCCAAGAGGAACCCAUAAAAAUGUUUACUUUCGACACAGUUUUUGGACCUGGGUGUAAACAAGUUGAUGUCUAUAAUGAAGUCGCUCGACCCAUUGUUGAUUGUGUUUUAGAAGGUUACAAUGGCACCAUUUUUGCCUACGGACAGACAGGCACAGGUAAAACAUUCACUAUGGAAGGCUUACGGACAACGCUUGAGGUUCGUGGUAUUAUUCCUAAUUCAUUUGCUCAUAUCUUUGGAGCUAUAGCAAAAGCUGGUGAAGAUAAUUGCUUUUUAGUUCGUGUCUCUUACAUGGAAAUAUAUAAUGAAGAAGUUCGAGAUUUGCUUGCAAAAGAUCAAAACAUGCGAUUAGAAGUCAAAGAACGGCCCGAUGUUGGUGUCUACGUUAAGGAUUUGUCUGCAUUUGUAGUGAAUAAUGCUGAUGAUAUGGAUAGAAUAAUGACUCUCGGUAAUAAAAAUCGCGCGGUUGGUGCUACCAAUAUGAAUGCCCAUAGCUCUAGGUCCCAUGCUAUUUUCACUGUUACUGUAGAAUGCAGUGUGAAAGGAAUUGAUGGAAAACAGCAUGUCCGAAUGGGGAAGCUACAUCUUGUAGAUCUUGCCGGUUCUGAAAGACAGGCCAAGACAGGUGCCACUGGAAUGAGAUUAAAAGAAGCGUCUAAAAUUAACCUUUCUUUAUCUACACUUGGUAAUGUCAUUUCUGCAUUAGUUGAUGGGAAAAGUAGUCAUAUUCCAUAUAGAAAUUCAAAACUUACUCGACUUUUACAAGAUUCUUUAGGAGGUAACUCGAAAACUAUAAUGAUUGCUAAUAUUGGGCCUGCUGACUAUAAUUAUGAUGAGACAAUCAGUACUUUAAGGUACGCUAACCGCGCUAAGAAUAUUAAAAACAAAGCUAAAAUUAAUGAAGAUCCUAAAGAUGCACUUUUAAGACAAUUUCAAAAGGAAAUUGAGGAACUGAAGAAACAACUUGAAGAUAAUAUAUCAGAUGGAGAUACUAGCCCAGAUGAAGAAAUGGAUAAUGAGCAAAGUAUGGAAUUUAUGGAGAAUAGUAAAAAGAAAUGGAAAGAAAAAAAAUGCCGUAAAAUAUCUAAAGAAAAAAUGACUGAAAUCCUCACUAAAAUUGAAAAUGAUCGAAAAUUCUUAGAAGAGAAGAAAGACAUGGCUGAAGAAGAACGCAACCAAAUGAAGGAAAGUUUGGAUGAAAAAGAAAAUGAGUUGAAGCGUUAUCAAGAAGAACAAGAUCAACUUCAGCAAAAAUUGUCAGCAAUUGAAAAAAAGAUAAUUGUUGGUGGUGAAAAUCUUUUAGAGAAAGCUGAAGAACAAGAACGCCUUCUCGGAGAGAGUGCUAUUGAGUUAGAAGAACGUAAAAAAAGAGAAGAAGAAUUACGAAGAGCUCUUGAAGAGAAAGAACAGGAAAGAAUUGAUAUUGAAGAAAAAUAUUCUUCUUUACAAGAUGAAAUUGUAGGAAAAACAAAAAAGUUGAAAAAGUGUUGGACAAUGUUGAUGCAAGCCAAAUCUGAGAUGGCUGAUCUUCAACAAGAACAUCAGAGAGAAAUGGAAGGCCUUUUAGAGAAUAUAAGACAACUAACUCGUGAACUGAAGUUACAGAUGCUUGUCAUUGACAACUUUAUCCCUCCAGAGUUUCAAAAUGUGAUAGAACAUUAUGUACAUUGGAAUGAUGACAUAGGUGAAUGGCAACUGAAAUGUGUUGCUUACACUGGUAAUAACAUGCGUAAACAUACUCCUAUGCUUGAAAAGCACAAAGAAACCUGUGUAGAUGUUGAUCUUACAGGUGUUUUUCUAGCAUACACUCCAGAAGGUGCAGCUCAAGCACUUAGGUCUAAAACCUGCAAGAUGAUGAAAUCUUUGCAUCACCCGAAGGUAUUAUCCCGGCCAAAAUCCUCCAAAAAGAAGAAACGAGAUUCUGAACUAGAGAGCUUCUUGCAAUGACUAUUCACUGCAGCAGGCAUCUGGUUUCUUUUCAAAUUUAUGUUAUGUAUUGAUGAUAUGGUUAUUUUUAUUUCCCCAUCAUUUAUAACAAAGUAAUUUUAACUAAAUCUCAAACCCUUUAUUUUGGCUUAAAUGUAACUUAUUUUUCUUUCUUUUUCUCUUCUUUUAAAAUCCAGCAUUUGUGAUCAAUAGUCUUUACUUUUAAAUUUAUUUAUAUAUGAAUAUUAUAUUUACUAAUAUUUCUCUUUUGAGAGUGUUUAUAAUAUAUUUUCAAGGAGGCUUUACAUCCUGUUGCCAUUUCAAGCCAAAUUAAUCUUCCUGCACUUCAAAGAAAAGUGGCUUCCACCCUCUUACCUAAAACUCAGCUGCAACAUAAUUUUGCUCUUGAAGCUCUACUUAAUGUAUUUAAAGUAUGUUGUUGGUUGAUUCUGUAAAUUUCUUCCAUUUAAGCAAAUCAAAACAUUGUUGAAAUUUUAAAGUAUCGUUAAAUGUUAAGUAAUGAAAGGAAGUUCUUUUUUUAGUGAUAUUAAUGUUUACAAGUUAGCAAAACCAAAAGAGCAAUUUGAAAGAUUUUAUCACUAUUGACCUACCUUUGAUGUAGUAUUCGUCUACUACAUAUGACACAGGUCUUUAACUAUAUUAGAUUUAUCUUCUGCAGAAGAUGUUUGUUAACAGAGAAGAAAUAAUCAGCUAUCCUCAUUAUCCUGUAAAGCAUAUAACUUAUUUACUCCAGGUUUGUUGAGAAUAUUUUGAAGCAAAUAUAGUUUGUAUUAUCUAUACAGAUCUCAAGCUUUAUUUUCAAAAUUAUUAUUUCUUGCUUUUUACCCUCUUUAAAUUGCUUCAAUUUCCUCAAUAGUUGUGAUAGUUGUAAAAUAUUCUGACUUAUUUACACAUUCAGCAGACCUAGUAAUUCAAAACUGAUGCUUGCUCAUAUAAAAUUAUAUCUAUAUUACAUUCUGUAGAAUUUCCUUGUAUAUUUAUUUAUAUCUUUUGGUAUUUGCAUCCAAUUUUUAAAAUUUACCGAAAGGUUUUAUUUUUUAAAUACUGUUAUUACAUAACAUAAUUUAAAAUAUUUUUAUCAUCUUUAUUUAUUUGUUAGAGUGAGACUGCAACUAGCAUGCUGCGCUCUCUCUCUCCAUCUGUAAUAAAACCUGGUUCUACAUGUAAAUAUA